AUGGAUGUGAUUAACAAAAUAUGUUUGAUAUGUUUACAAAGUACCUAAAGCAUAUAUUUAUUGUGUAUCGUACUAUGUUUUACAAUUUCAUUAGAAAAAACACAAAAGAUAAUCAUUAUCAUUAGCAGGAACCCAUUCCUAUAAAAUAAAAUUUGGUAAAAAUGAGAGGUCAAGACACAGAGUCACUGGAUCUAACAAAGAUAGCAGCUCUACAACAAAAAAGAACUUUGGCAUUUGUUAAUCAUUAUACUUUGUCAACAAUACAGUUUAUCAAUAUCUUCGCUAAGGAAUGUGAAGAAAAAUUAAUGACCUUUGAAAGAAAAUUGGAAAAAAUUAAUGCAACUAUGGUUCUGCUAGAAGCUCGGCUUUCGUCAAUUCCAGAGAUAAACCCAAGCACUGAACCCACAAGCAAACAAGAAGUUAUCAGUGAUUCAUCUAAUGACAAUAAUAACAAUGAAUUAGAAGAUACAAAUCAUGAUAUAAAUCAUGCAGAACAAAAUCUGUCACAGACAGAAAUCAGCUCUGAAUAUGAAAGAUUUGUGAAAAUGGUUCAUGUUGGUGUUCCCAUUGAAGCAGUAAAAUUAAAAUUGUCCUUAGAAGGAUUAGAUGUACAUAUAUUUGAGCAAAUAUUAGGGAAAUAAGUUAGUAAACAACAGACACCUAAACUAUAAUAAAAAAACUGAGCAUCUCUAUAAUCAUGUAGCAAGAUAAUAAAUUUACUGGUUGAAAUAAAGUUAUAUAAUGACCAAACCAUUGCUCGUGAUGAUGGCAGGAAACCCAACGGUUUAACAUUAGUUCCAUGAGAAAGUGGGAGGUGCUUGGUGUUGGACGCAACAUGUGUCACACACUGGCGGCCUCCUAUUUACAUGGAAUAUCAGUGACUGCUGGUGCGGUGACCAGAGUGCUGGAGCGUAUUUUGGCCAGCUAUUAUACCUGGCUUUACAGCGGGGCAAUGUUGCCAGCAUUCUAGGAACUCUCCCUAAAUGCAGCAGCAUGGAUGAGAACCUAUUUUAUAUUUAAACUGUUUUGCUUUACUUUAUAUUGUACUAGUUUUUAUUGUAGUUUUACUUCAAAAUAUUUACACACUAAAAAUAUUUUUAAGUGUGUAAAUA